AUGGCGCACUUUCGCGGUGCUCAUGGCGAAAUGCCCAAGGCCUUCUCUCCACCCAUCACCCUCCAGCUCGGCGGCCAGCCCCAACACCGGAUUCAGGUGAAUCCGACUACCCCAGGAAAGCCUAUCGUCGGACCACACCAUCUUACCCAAUCGCAGUCAAUCUGUGUCAUCUGCAACGAUCCCAACCCUCGAAACUACGGACGCUGCAAGUCUGCUGCCUACUGCUCGCGCGUCUAUCAAGAGGCGGACUUCCCCUCCCAUAAACUAGUCUGCAAACAAGCUGCAAAUUUGGGGGCUCGCCCAUCCGAGGAACACAAACGGGCCAUAUACUUUCCUGUGGAUGCACUCAAGCCGGAAGUCGUCUGGAUCCAAUGCUGGCGUAGCCCCUAUGGCAAGGACAUGGUUGUGACAGUACCUUUCAUUGGAGACCGUCGCGAAGACGAGUAUAUCCAAGUUAACCAAGUCAGAGGCAGACAACUUGGCAUGGGAUACGUAGCGGGUCGCAACGCUACCAAGGGCUACUGCCUUAAUGUGGUUUACCGCGACCACUUCCGAAAUAAGGGGUCUUAUCGUAACCAGAGCCUUGAGAAUUCCCUUGGUACUUCCGGCGAGUUCGUUACUCCCUGCCGCGGACCGCUACUUGUCUAUCGUGAGAUCCCUGGAGAACGCAUUGAAGAUAUAACACUGUCCGACUUUCGCCAUGCCCUGGAUCACUUUGAACAAUAUCGCAUUAGUGUAGAUUUCCCAAACCCGCCUCCUUCAACUCCACUCGCUGUUCGUGGUGCAAGACUCUACAGUGUUGCUGAAAAAUACAACGAAGACCCUAAAUUAUUCCUACCUGGGGCGGGCUGCCUCCUGCUUGAAGACGUAAAAGACCUGAACCUACACAAUUUGAGGAGAAUGUGCAACUUCGCUCUCGAGGUCCUAUUCCCCAAGGUCCUGAGUGCUUGGGAGAAAGUUGUGUACGCGCAGACCAUGGGCGGGGCCUCUAUGGCUCUCAAGCAGGAUGUCUUGGAUAUUAUCACCUGGGAUAACGUUUUGAUGAAUGAAGCAAAGCUCACUAUUACCGAAGAGGAACGUUGGGCGAUUUAG